AUGGUGAUGUUGAAAGGUAUUCUUAAACAACGUUCAGUAUCAGAAUCUAGUGGCGAUGAAACAGGUAUUUUGGAGGCAAAUAACCUACGUGGUGCUGGACUUGCUGGUUAUAGAGAUAAUCCUUUGUCGUCCGAUGAAUUUCCUACUGCGAGCAGCGAUGAAAAUCAUGAGCUUAUUUCAUCGGAGCAACACUUUAAUUUUCGACGAUGUAUAUCUUCUGAUAAAUUACCACGAUUAAGGUCUGUAAGUUUCUCUCAACACGAUCAGCGUGUUGAUUUCUCACCAAGAGACACAGUAGAAGCAUUACAUCAUACAUUGUGCAGCAGACGAAAAAAGCUUCGACGGCGUGACGCUCGUCAUCGUCGGGGAAGUGAUCGCAGUUCAAAUCAUUCGGACAAUGAGAGUGGGAAAAGCGCUUCAAAGCUGGAUGACGAAAUUAAUGUCUGUACACCUCUUUUCAAGGGGAAUUCCGGCAACUUGGCUACUGAAUCGUGUGAUAUAAAUUCUACCAAAAGCCUUCACGACAGUGUGUUUCAAGUCUCUUCUAUCCCCAACAUAACGGAAUCCAAUAAUGAUAUCGAUGAUGAAUCUGAAUAUGUCCAUGUUGGAAAUCCUAACACAGGUCUUGAAGACAAUGAUAAACCUACAACAGGCUUUCCAGUCGCGUCAACACAUACAAAUAAUUCAUUAUUCAGAUCUGGUUGCAAUGAAACUAACAAUGUCGGUGAUAUGACACAUUACAACAUUUCAGCUGUUCACCUUACUUCCUCCUCUAUUUUAGAGUUAGAUGAAGAAUAA